UUCGGGCCAGGCCUCGCUGCGGCGGCGACUGAGCCAGGCUGGGCCGCGUCCCCGAGUCCCAGAGUCGGCGCGGCGCGGUGAGUGCUGGCGUGGCGCGGGCGGCGCGGGGUGGGGCGGCCUUUGUCUGCUGCGGGCAGGGCCCGGAUCCCGCGGAGGUCCGCACGUUCCCGCGCAGGGCUGCAGGAGCUGAGCAGGGGCGCCUUCCCUGCGGGCUCCUGCUCCCCUGCCCUCCCCCGGGUCCGGGCGGCCCCCCGCGCACAGGAGUCCCGGGAACCGCGGGCGCCCCUCCUGCCCUGGGCUGUGGGGCCCGCGGAGAGCUGGGGGCGCCCGGAUCCUACCCCGCCCGCCUUUCCUUGGGUUGAGAGGGGCCCGGGCGCCGUCGGACCUGCAGACCCUGGAAGCUGCGGAUCGGGCCGGGCAGGGGCAGCCUUCCACCACGGGGAGCCCAGCUGUCAGCCGCCUCACGGGAAGAUGCUGCAUCGGCGGGGCAGCCCUGGCAUGGGUGUGCACGUGGGUGCAGCCCUGGGAGCACUGUGGUUCUGCCUCACAGGAGCCCUGGAGGUCCAGGUCCCUGAAGACCCAGUGGUGGCACUGGUGGGCGCCGAUGCCACCCUGCGCUGCUCCUUCUCCCCCGAGCCUGGCUUCAGCCUGGCACAGCUCAACCUCAUCUGGCAGCUGACAGAUACCAAACAGCUGGUGCACAGCUUUGCCGAGGGCCAGGACCAGGGCAGCGCCUAUGCCAACCGCACGGCCCUCUUCCCGGACCUGCUGGCACAGGGCAACGCAUCCCUGAGGCUGCAGCGCGUGCGUGUGGCAGACGAGGGCAGCUUCACCUGCUUCGUGAGCAUCCGGGACUUCGGCAGCGCUGCAGUCAGCCUGCAGGUGGCCGCUCCCUACUCGAAGCCCAGCAUGACCCUGGAGCCCAACAAGGACCUGCGGCCUGGGGACACGGUGACCAUCACGUGCUCCAGCUACCGAGGCUACCCUGAGGCUGAGGUGUUCUGGCAGGAUGGGCAGGGUGCGCCCCUUACUGGCAACGUGACCACGUCGCAGAUGGCCAACGAGCAGGGCUUGUUUGACGUGCACAGCGUCCUGCGGGUGGUGCUGGGUGCGAAUGGCACCUACAGCUGCCUGGUGCGCAACCCCGUGCUGCAGCAGGACGCGCACGGCUCCAUCACCAUCACACCCCAGAGAAGCCCCACAGGAGCCGUGGAGGUCCAGGUCCCUGAGGACCCGGUGGUAGCCCUGGUGGGCACUGAUGCCACCCUGCGCUGCUCCUUCUCCCCCGAGCCUGGCUUCAGCCUGGCGCAGCUCAACCUCAUCUGGCAGCUGACAGACACCAAACAGCUGGUGCACAGUUUCACCGAGGGUCGGGACCAGGGCAGCGCCUAUGCCAACCGCACGGCCCUCUUCCCAGACCUGCUGGCACAGGGCAACGCAUCCCUGAGGCUGCAGCGCGUGCGUGUGGCAGACGAGGGCAGCUUCACCUGCUUCGUGAGCAUCCGGGAUUUCGGCAGCGCUGCAGUCAGCCUGCAGGUGGCCGCUCCCUACUCGAAGCCCAGCAUGACCCUGGAGCCCAACAAGGACCUGCGGCCUGGGGACACGGUGACCAUCACGUGCUCCAGCUACCGAGGCUACCCUGAGGCUGAGGUGUUCUGGCAGGAUGGGCAGGGUGCGCCCCUUACUGGCAACGUGACCACGUCGCAGAUGGCCAACGAGCAGGGCUUGUUUGACGUGCACAGCGUCCUGCGGGUGGUGCUGGGUGCGAAUGGCACCUACAGCUGCCUGGUGCGCAACCCCGUGCUGCAGCAGGAUGCACAUGGCUCUGUCACCAUCACAGGGCAGCCUAUGACAUUCCCCCCGGAGGCCCUGUGGGUGACUGUGGGGCUCUCUGUCUGUCUCGUUGCACUGCUGGUGGCCCUGGCUUUCGUGUGCUGGAGAAAGAUCAAACAGAGCUGUGAGGAGGAGAAUGCAGGAGCUGAGGACCAGGACGGGGAGGGAGAAGGAUCCAAGACAGCCCUGCAGCCUCUGAAACACUCUGACAGCAAAGAAGAUGAUGGACAAGAAAUAGCCUGACCAUGAGGACCAGGGAGCUGCUGCCCCUCCCUACAGCUCCUACCCACUGGCUGCAAUGGGGCUGCACUGUGAGCCCUGCCCCUAACAGAUGCAUCCUGCUCUGACAGGUGGGCUCCUUCUCCAAAGGAUGCAAUACACAGACCACUGUGCAGCCUUAUUUCUCCAAUGGACAUGAUUCCCAAGUCAUCCUGCUGCCUUAUUUCUUAAGACACAAUACACAGACCACCCACAACCUUAUUUCUCUAAGUCAUCCUGCCUGCUGCCCUAUUUCACAGUACAUACAUUUCUUAGGGACACAGUACACUGACCACAUCACCACCCUCUUCUUCCAGUGCUUCGUGGACCAUCUGGCUGUCUUUUUUUCUCCAAAAGAUGCAAUAUUCAGACUGACUGACCCCCUGCCUUAUUUCACCAAAGACACGAUGCAUAGUCACUCCUGGCCUUGUUUCUCCAAUGGCUGUGAUACAUUAGUGAUCAUGUUCAGCCCUGCUUCCACCUGCAUAGAAUCUUGUCUUCUCAGACAGGGACAGUGCGGCCUCAGCAUCUCCCGGAGUCUAGAAGCUGUUUCCUCUCCCCUCCUUCCUCCUCUUGCUCUAGCCCCAAUACUGGCCUUUUUCCUCCCUGCCCCAGGUGAAGACAGGGCACUCUGCGCCCACCACAUGCACAGCUGUGCAGAGAGACCUGCAGGUGCACGUGCUGGAACACGUGUGGUUCCCCCCUGGCCCAGCCUCCUCUGCAGUGCCCCUCUCCCCCGCCCGCCCUCCCCACGGAAGCAUGUGCUGGUCACACUGGUUCUCCGGGGGUCUGUGAUGGGGCCCCUGGGGGUCAGCUUCUGUCCCUCUGCCUUCCCACCUCUUUGUUCCUUUCCUUUCAUGUAUCCAUUCAGUUGAUGCUUAUUGAGCAACUACAGAUGUCAGCACUGUGUUAGGUGCUGGGGGCCCUGCGUGGGAAGAUAAAGUUCCUCCCUCAAGGACUCCCCAUCCAGCUGGGAGACGGACAACUAACUACACUGCACCCUGCGGUUUGCAGGGGGCUCCUGCCUGGCUCUCUGCCCCACACCUCCUCUGUGCUCAAGGCUUCCUGGAUACCUCACCCCCAUCCCACCCCUAAUUCUUACCCAGAGCAUGGGGUUGGGGCGGAAACCUGGAGAGAGGGACAUAGUCCCUCGCCACAGCUAGAGAAUCUGGUGGUGUCCAAAGUGUCUGUCCAGGUGUGGGCAGGUGGGCAGGCACCUAGGCCCUCCGGACCUUUCAUAGCAGCAGAAGAGGCAGAGCCUGGGGCAGGGCCAGGAGUGCUUUGGGGACACCGAGGGGACUGCCCCCUACCCCACCAUGGUGCUAUUCUGGGGCUGGGGCAGUCUUUUCCUGGCUUGCCUCUGGCCAGCCCCCGGCCUCUGGUAGAGUGAGACUUCAGACGUUCUGAUGCCUUCCGGAUGUCAUCUCUCCCUGCCCCAGGAAUGGAAGAUGUGAGGACUUCUAAUUUAAACGUGGGACUCGGAGGGAUUUUGUAAACUGGGGGUAUAUUUUGGGGAAAAUAAAUGUCUUUGUAAAAA